GCGUUUACGGUUUAUAGUUGACAUAUCUGCUAUCAAGAAAUUCAAUCUGCUAUCAAGAAAUUCAAGAAAUUUUUUAAACUUGACAUAUCUGCUAUCACCUCUUCCGUUUCUUGCGAUUCGACGAUGGCCGAUCAAAAGCUUUUAGGACCGGCGUUUAGUUUUAAGCAUGAUGAAUUGACGAGUCGAUUUCUUGAAAAACUCCGACUUCUUGAAGAACUCCGACUUCUUCAAGACCGACUUUUUAAAGAACCCGAGAACAAUGAUGAAUGUAGGAAAAAUGGGAGCCUGAAAAGGUUAAAUGACCAGAGUGAUGUCUGUGGAUUUAGAAGUUGCUUCAAAAAUGAUUAUGAUUUGCUUCAGAAUCAGAGGUGCUUGAGGAAUCGAGAAGAAGUGAUUCAGGAGACGAUGGAAAUGGAGUUGGAAAAUAUGAUGGAACUGGGCACCCUCGAGGGCAAGAAAACAUAUUCUUUUAAGAAUGGUACAAGAAGUGCGUUGAACCUUGAGAACACCACAAGAUCCUUUCUAGAUAACAAUAAAUCAAAUGAUAAUAACUGGAAUGGCGAAAUGACUUUGCCCCUGCUAGUAGACAAGUCCACCGUCUGUAUGUUAAACAAGGAUGAGGAAGUAGACGAGCCCCUCAGUCCGGGCAAACACAUGAAAACUGCACAAAGUGUUUUAUCAUUUUUGAUAGCGACUAUUGCGCUUCUUUGGAUUCUCACCGACCUAUGCAGCCUGUUAUCAAUUAUCAAGCUUCAGCCAGAACAUGGCCCCCUGCCCAUUUGGUUUUCUUUGCUUGAACCUGUUGGUUUCAUGGUGUUUGUUUGGGCUGUUGCUGCAAAGAUUGUUAUUGGUGCACCAUUUUCUCGUUUGCUGAGUGCCAUUCUUUUAUUUUGGGGUAUUUGGCUGCUUGUCAGAUCUUCUCAAUCACUCACUACACUAUGCCUUCCAAUAUUGGGAAUCCUUCUGAUGGUGUGGCAUCUCUGCUCGAGGAAAAGCAGCUGCCAAAUAAAGGGUAAUGAACAAGGAAGUGAAGCUCCCAAAAUUAAACCAAUGUGUUUCACUUUUGCUGUCUAACAUGCACCUUCCCGGUUGCUAGUGUUUCUGUUUUAGUUUGUCAGUAAUUAAUAGGUGUUCUACUUUCGGUGCAGUGCUGUGAUGUAAUGUUGGAUUUUACUUCCCAUUCUACUGUGUGUUUUUGGUAACUUUUAUGCUAAAAUAAUGAAUGUUUUUGUGCAUUUUGCACAAUUACAAUUUUUAUAACUUUUAA